ACCUUCUCUCUCCACCAGAACUCUCUUGUCAUGCCCCGCCCACCGCGACCUUCUACUUUUGCUUAUACCAUUACGCGUCGCAUUCACGCACGCCCUCCGCGGCCACCGUGAAUGAAGCUUCAUAGCUGCCAAUUCCUUCUCAUUCUCACUCCUCCCCCCAACAACGCGUCCAUACCUUGUUGCUGUGUGGUGACUAACAUCACGAAAAAAUCCCAACGAACAACCAAUUUGCCGUGGGGUCCACAACGACGUCAUGGCCGACAUACCCCCCUACCCACUCUACAACCGCACCUAUAUGCUCUACCGCGUCUCUCCCCUACACCAUGGCGACCGUCCACUGCUGCACCCCCUCAGUCUCCGCACCCAUGCGAAGCGACUCCAGGAGCAGCUCAAGGGCGAUAAUGUGCGCGGUGUCCAAGUAAACUAUGCAGGGACCGAAGAUGCCUUACCCAAUCUCGGCCCGCUUCAAGACUGCGAGUGGGACAUGAUCGGCGACGAGGACGCCUGGAUCGACCACUAUCGCCAGCUCGUCGAGCCCGACGCUUCGCAGCUGUCCACCGUCAUGACCGCCGACCAGGCGCGUGGCAUUCACGUCACCCUCAACUACGAGAAACAAUCAUACAAUGCCUUGUUGCUGAGAGACCCUGCGGUGACGACCGCCCCUGAGGCCUUCACAGCUCUACCGUUACUGUUCGUCAAGAUGCCAGCUCAGAUCCGCGAAUUCUUCCUCGCCUACAUGCGAACUAGCUUUGAUGCCCACGUCGUCCCCCUCAAACUGCCAUCCACAUUCCUCACUACUAGUCUUGAGACCUACUUCCGUCACCUCUCGGCCAGCGACUCCACCCAAUCCAUCCUGGAUGUCAUCAGGCAGUUGCAGAUCCAGCUCGCGUUCCCAAACGCCACAACCCUACUCAAGCAUCUGGAUAUCACUAUUGCAGGUCGACAUGUUUCUGGCUUUCUCGACCGCGGCAAAGCCAUGAAUCAAUCCAAAGAGCACCCAUUCACUUCCGCCCUUGCAGUCUACGUGAAGAAACAUCUCGCGAUAGACAUGUCGCACCCCAAAGUCCAAAUCUCGCGUGUCGCUUGCGGCGGAUUUAGCCUCGCAACCGAUCGCAUGAAGCUGCUCGCCCCCGCCACCUCGACCGACGCCUCGUUUGAAAGCUCCGCUCCCGAGUUCAGUGCGAGCCAGCUGGCCGUCAACGAAGUCUACACCUCGCUGGUACGAGAAGCUACUGGGACUGGGAAGUUUUUGGCUCAGGACAACCAAAGAGAGGUAGCAUCUGCAACCCCAUCCUCUCCAGCCAGCAAGCGUCGCGCCGAUGGCAGGAAGAGAGCUGGAAGCAGUGCGACCACGGGCAAUAAUGCUACGAAGCGGCCCAAAGGCAGGGGACGUGGCGGUGAUACACGCGAUUCUGAUACGACACAUGCUUGA